AGAAAGAAAGAAAGAUGACUGCCUUUUAAUAAAAGAAAUCUAAAACUGGCUAUUGUCACAGCUCUAAUAUUUACACAGGCUGCUCUGGCAAGUUUUAAAAACUGGGCUCCACUAUAAAACCUAAAAAUGUCCUGGACACAAAGUUGUUUACAUAUAAUAUGAGAAGAUAUAAAGUUACAGGGCUGGGGAUUGGAAGAGAUUCUAAAACCAUCCUCCGUGUGCUGACGUCACAUGGAAACCAGCUGUUGGGAUGAUGCUAAACGGAACCGUUCUUCAGUUUGCAAAAAGUUGCAAAGUUGAUCUAAUAGAGUUCCAAGAGCUCUCCUGGUUGAGAAGCUGAUUAUUCUUCCUUUCUUUGAUCAAUUUCAGUAUUUUCAGAACUGGAAGACUUUCACUGCUUUCACUACUACUUCACAUUUGGACUGAAAUACUACCGAAAGGUUUUUUUCCUCUACAAAAGGUAUAAACACAAAAGAAUUUACUGGAUCCAGAGUCAGCUUUGGAAAGUGAAGCAAACAGAGGAGAAAAGAACGAGCUCUUUGGAGCUCCAGAGUCCUGUGAAAUGUCUGAGUGAGAUCCAGGAAAAGAAGGGCUUAAAUGUUUCAUCACGCAGCUGGAGCCAGAGGCAAGUAAGGCUUGCCGUUCCAUAACUCCCACACAUUCCAGGAAAGCCUUAGAAGAGAAAAGAGGUGCACGGACAUUUCUCUGUUUGGCCACUGCAGCUAUGGACCUACGGACACAACUGGAGAGCACAACUGAGAGGAACUGGAAUAAAGAGAAGAUGGAGCUUCUGGAGCGCUUUGACAAUGAAAGGAAGGAGUGGGAAUGCCAGUGGAAGGUCAUGCAGAAGAAAAUAGAAGAGCUUUACCAGGAGGUAAAAUUAAGGCGUGAGAGCAAUAUGAAUGUCUCUGAGACUAAGAGCAUUCAUAGCAAGGCACAUCCACAGCCCAUACAUUCCCCCUCUUCAGUAUGGAGUGACACACCAGGACUGAACUCUUGUUCAGCAGACAAAGAGAGUUUGCUCGGCAAGGCAGAAAAGGAGAGCAAGGAUGCGAAAAACAAGGGAAGAAACCAUGCUUUUGCAAAUGAUUCUCUGGCCUUUGAGAGUUACAGGGAAUCUGAAGAUUGCCCAGGCUUGAAAACAACCAAGAAUUACACACAGGAUCUCAAUAUUGCUCUUAAAGAACUUGCCAAAGUAAGCGAAGACUUGUGCAGCUACCAAGAGGAAAUCCACAAGAAGUCCAACCACAAAAGAAAGAAGUUGUUUCCUUUCCUGGGAGAAUCUGCCGAAACUGAAAACACACUGAUCACACAAGAGAUGAACCAUGUGCGUAACCAUGACCCACAAACAGUUUCAAUUGCAUUUGAUACAGAAGAGCAAAACAACAAGAAGAACUUGAUGGGCAUUAGCAGGUGUUCAAAGGAGAUGCCAUCGAGCGCUCUUGCUGGAGUUGAGAAAGCAGGCUUUUAUCCCUGGCAGAAAAGAGAAGCCCCUCCUGUUCCUCCAAGAAGCACUUCCCGGCACUUGGCCAGCUCUCUCGCACAGGUUUCUGAAGCAUUAGCAAAAGAAACAGGGCACAAAAGCAGUUGUGAGACCCAGGAGGACCAGGAAGGAAGUGCAUUGACUCGCCUGCCUUUUGCAAAGCAAUGUGAUGCUCAAAUGCCACUGACAAAUGAAUGGAAAUCUGUUAGUGGGCCUGCUAUGGCUACCACAGUACCCACUGAGAAAAGGGACCAGUCCCUUGAAUGCAAGGUGCCUGCAGGGUUUUCUCACAACACUUGGUCUCAUGAUGCAAGUAAGGUUGGGAAUAGUCCUAAAAAGGACUCUGCCUUACAUUCUGUCCAGAAGAGCUGUUCUGACGGAAAUAUGGUGCCCCAGAAACAACAGCAUCCUAUAUCGCAAAGCAGUGUGCAUUAUAGCAGUGACUUAUAUGCCCCUGUGUGCAACACCCUGGGUGAUUCUGGCUAUGGAACUGGAAAGACUCAACGAAAUGAAACACUGGAGGCAAAAAUUGACGAGUUCAACAGAACUGUGUUUCACACAGAUAAAGGCCACAAGUGUAUGGAACGGAACCCAAUGAUGCCAGUGCUGUCUGGAGACCCCAAACCCCGCCCCAUAGUUCAGAACAGUGUGACCAGCAGGGCGCAAAAGGAAGAGCCAGCCUGUGUUCUGAAUCCCAGGCUCUCUUCAAGAAUGGAUGAGAAAGCCUGCAAGCCCAGCAAAAAUGCCAAAGCCACAGGGCAGCAGAGGCAGCUCAAUGGACUCCUAAGUGGUUACCAGCAUAUGCUCCAUGAACAUGACUGGAAGCCAAGCAAUUUGUCUGGCCGCCCGCGAUCCGCAGACUCAAGAUCCAACUAUGGGGUUGUCGAAAAGCUUCUGAAGAACUAUGAAAAGUCAACCACUGCAUGGAACUCAAAGCUCCACAAAGAGCGCUGGCUGCCGCCCAGUUCGGAAUUGGCGGGUGGCAGCUGCGAGAAAUUGGGCCACUAUUUUGAAAUGCUCCAGACAGAUCAAGGGAAGCAGGAGCAGCUGAAGAAUUCAACCCGGCACAUUGGGCUUUAUGCCAAGCAUGGCAAAGAGAAGCAGAAAUUUCCCGAGGUGUCUGCGCCAGCUAAGCAGUCAAAUGCGAAAGGCUUCUCUCGGCCGGCUCGGCCAGCAAACAGGCGUUUGCCGUCCAGGUGGGCCUCCAGGUCGCCAUCAGCCCCACCAGCUGUGAGAAGAUCUGCCUUGAACGAACUUUCUUGAACUUGUGUUGCUGGAUCUCAGUGGUUUUAAAUUCAAGAAUGGAUCCGGUGCUGUUAUGAAAUCUCCAUAUGGACUCUCUUUUCCACGUUCCUGACCGCAACCAGAUCUGUGUAAUUGUAUAUUGGUCAACAGUGACCUUGCCCUUGGACUUGUUGGAGGCACUGUUUCAAUUCUUAGACCAUCCUUCCACAGUCUUCAGUGUUUUUAUCAACUAGAUAACAAUGCCCCUUCCUCAUGUGUAUAUAUAAUUUUAUAAUUCGCAGCCAUUUUUUUUUCCUUUGAAUGACAUAAGCCAAUAGUUAUCUCCUCAAUCUUUUUUUUAAAAGAAAUUACAUAAUGUAUAAUCCUGUAUAUUCUGACUUUUCCCACAAAGAGCAGGAAGAAAUGCUGUAUGCAUGAUCAUGUGUUUGUAGGUGCAUGUGUUGAAAUAGGAAGCAUAACUGUAUUUAGGUGAGAGAAACUCAGUUCUAGUGCUGAUACUGAAAUUAUAACAUUCGUUUAUAUACUUGCAUAUACACAUAAAAAAAGUUUCUGUUUUA